CGGAGGUUUGUUCUUCUCAACUCUCACUCUUUUCGAUCCUCCGUUAGCCACCAUCCUCCGUUUCGAUCCCCGAGGUUGGGAGCGCCGGUGGGAGACCGAGCUCAAGGAACUAACGGACGGAGGAACGGAGGAACGGAAAACGCACGGCCAACAUCUUUCGGGAGAGGUAAAGAGGAUUUUCUUGAACAGUCUCUGGGAAAAAUAAGAGGAAGCGGGAAGUGCCAGAUGAUCCCUUGCUCCGAAAUUUCCGCCUACUCCUCUGGUCCAUUGUCGUACAACCACUUUUUGAACGUGAUGUUUUCGGGAAAAAGACCGUAGAGGAGUCCACUUUUUAGGGGGGGUUGCAAGUUUAGCCUUUUUCUCCUCUUUGGAUGUUUAUGGUGAGCACGUCGAACUUGAUGAUUCUGGCUCACCCAGAACCCAGAGGCAUUUCGGACCCUACCCGGUCCAAAGGUGGAACCACCUUCUCUUUUUCCUCCUCCACCUCCUCCUCCACCUCCUCCUCCUCCUCCUUCUUCCUCUGCUCCGACGCCUCUUCCUUUGAUUACUUUGUGAAUCAUUGGAAUCUCAAACUGUGCCGUCAGUGAUAAUGACAAAGUUUGCCACCCUGGCUCCAUCAUAACCUCUAGUUCAGUGAUAUUUGUCCCGGAGGGAUACAAAGACCUAGGUCCUCCGUGAGGCAAAGUCCCUUGGCCUGAAUGUGGACACAAUGACCCGAUCAACUUGGGCCGGGAGGGCCCUCGUUCCAUUCGGAGUCUGGUCAGCCAGCCAAGGCUCUACACCUGAUUCGAAGAUGUCUAAUUUGGCCAAAAUGCUCAACACUGCCAUGAUCACAUCAAUACUCCUCCUUGGAACCGUCCCGCAAGGUGUCCGAAGUGGUCCGAAUGAGCGCCGACUCAUUAACGACCUGUUGGAGAAGUACAACAAUCUGGAGCGACCCGUUUACAAUGAGUCUGAGGCCUUGAAAUUAGCCUUCGGACUGACGCUUCAGCAAAUCAUUGACGUGGAUGAAAAAAAUCAGAUCCUUACCACAAAUAUUUGGCUAAAUUUGGACUGGAAAGAUGUCAACAUGGUGUGGAACAAAUCAGAAUAUGGCAACAUAGAGGACAUUCGCAUGCCGCCGCAAAAACUGUGGAAGCCAGAUGUGCUGAUGUACAACAGCGCUGAUGAGGCUUUUGAUGGCACCUACCAAACCAAUGUGGUGGUGAAUAGCAACGGUAGCUGUACUUACAUUCCCCCGGGUAUUUUCAAGUCCACUUGCAAGAUAGAUAUCACGUGGUUCCCGUUUGAUGACCAAGACUGCGAAAUGAAGUUCGGCAGUUGGACUUAUAACGGCUUCAAGUUGGAAUUAGUAAUGAAUAACGACGAAGGUCAAGGCGACGUUAGUACCUAUGUCGAAAACGGCGAGUGGCAUCUAUUAGGUGUUCCGGGGCAACGAAAUGAGGUCUUCUACGAUUGUUGUCCAGAGCCUUACCUGGAUGUGACCUUCACAAUCAAAAUCCGUCGUCGAACACUCUACUAUUUCUUCAACCUCAUCGUGCCCUGCGUUCUCAUAGCCUCCAUGGCUGUGCUAGGUUUCACACUCCCUCCGGAUUCGGGAGAGAAAUUGUCACUAGGUGUCACAGUGCUCCUAUCUCUUACUGUUUUCCAACAAAAUGUCAGUGAAGCAAUGCCGAUAACCUCGUUACAGGUUCCUUUGUUAGGUACUUACUUCAAUUGCAUCAUGUUUAUGGUUGCGUCUUCCGUGGUGACAACCAUUAUGAUCUUGAACUAUCACCACAGGCUGGCAGACACUCACGAAAUGCCAAAUUGGGUGAGAUGCGUCUUCUUACAAUGGAUCCCUUGGAUGCUUCGGAUGGGCCGACCGGGAGAGAAGAUCACGCGCAAAACCAUCAUGAUGCAAAACAAAAUGAAGGAACUGGAUCUGAAGGAGCGCUCAUCCAAGUCGUUGCUGGCCAACGUCCUGGACAUGGACGACGACUUCAGGCCCUCCUCCACUUUACCCCACUCCCACAUUCAUCCACAUCAUCCUUCACACACACACCCGGCCGGGCCGAUGGGCCCAAUGGGUAAUACGCCCACGCCCGGGUCUGGUGGGUUCAUGCGGGUCACGUCCGGGCUUCCACCAUCAUCCACCGAUGACGGCAUGGUGGGCGGAAAUGGGACCGUGGGAGGCGGAGUCGGAAGCUCCCUGAACUCUUUCCCACCCGGAGUUCAUCGGGAACUUAGCCUAAUUCUGAAAGAACUCCGUGUGAUCACCGACAAAAUCCGCGAUGAUGAGGACACGGCAGCCAUCGAGAACGACUGGAAAUUUGCAGCCAUGGUUCUGGAUCGCCUCUGUCUCAUCAUUUUUACCUUCUUCACAAUCGCAGCCACCAUAGCCGUUCUCCUCUCUGCCCCUCACAUAAUCGUCACCUAAGAGCAAGGAAUCGGCGCGAAAAACCAUUUUUCUUUUCUUGCGCUCGGAUCAGUUUUUCAAACUGGUUUAGAUUACAGAGCUAAGGGUGACUACUGGCGAAACGAGAAGACAUCAGCACGAUUUUGAAUCAUCACGAUUCAAUUACAGAAGAAAACCGAGAUUGCAUGCCAAAGUCCUAGACGAACUAACCACUUCAAGGAUAUUUUCAACGUAGAGAGAUGAACCAAACUCAUCAGAAGCAAUAUCAAAUGACCCUCAGACACUUGAUUUGUCCUCUAUGAAAGUGAUUCACCCUCCCCUUUCAAGAUUUCGCGGGAAAUCGAACUUCAAAUCUACUCCCAACCUGUCUGAUUCCGGUCAGGGCGACUUGGGUUCGAAAAUCCUCUUUUGCAUGAUUUGCCUGGCUAAGUUCCUAAAGAAAACGAAGAAGAAGAAAAGAGAAGAAAGCGUAUCUUUUCUUUCUUUCUUUCUUUCACUCUAUCUAUCUACCUAUCAAUCAAUUGAUCAUCCAUUUAUAACUAAGAACGUGCAAAAGACCGCGGGAAAAAAUCUAGGGAAAAGAAUAGAUCAUUUCUGAUGAACCAAGAUUGUACCCUACAACAGUUUUAAAGAAAUCUAUGACUACAUCACAUUGCCGACAGCUUGCUCAUCAUCACAAAGAACAACCACCCCACUAAAACCAACCACACCCUUCUUGAGUUUCAAUUACAACAAAAAUAACCUUCCAUUUUGAUCAAACCAAUGAUUUCACACUUCCACCUCGACAAUUGGCCGCCACCUUUUUCAUUGUUUUAUCAUCCUCGCCUAGUUUGUCAUCUUUGAUAUUGUGAUACACUGUGAUCUUGCACUCUCUGACAUUCGUGACAAAUGCUGAGGUUUUCUUUGGUUUCACUGAUCCAAAAAACAUUCGCUCAGAGAGAGACCCUGAUAGGAUCUAGAAAUUUCUUUGGAUGAUUAUGGUUUGUAUCAACUCUAUAUACUACUAUACUUCUACACGUUGACAAAGACACAUUUUUUAUACUGCUUCUCAUCAAGGAUCUUCAUAUACUUCAUAUUAGUAUACAGUUCAUUUGCCUUCUCAAAUCUUCCCCUAAAAGUGUUCAUUUCAGACCCCUAAAAGCCAACCCAAGUAAUCAACACUCUGUCUAAAACGCCCUGAUUCGCUCAUCCCUUCGCGGCAAAAAAAGCAAGAAAACUAAGCACUGACAAAUAAAAACAACAAUUAAAUCAGACACAUAAAUCAGAUAUAUUUUCUUUUCCUCUGAUGUCAGUGCAAGAUGACCGAUACGAAUCAAAAAUGGCGAAUGGGAGCAACCAUUACUACACACUUUCCUUUUGGUCGGACCGGUGCUAGGUUUCCUCAUUUUUUAGCCUCCUUCCUUCCACUUACAUAGUAAAUGCAAAAUGGCUUGUCCUCGACUGAUCUGUGCUUCAGCUGGCCUUCGGUUGGUCUUCUGGGGAAAUGAAAGGCCGAGUGCCAAGGGUCAAAUUUGAUCAAAAACCAAAUCACUCUCGAAUAUUUUUGCUUUGUAGAAGAAGCACACUCAGCAAAAAUUUUAGAACAAGCACAGUUGAUGUAAGCACAUUUUGCGUCCUAGCGACACCUUCUCCUUCAGACCAUCCUUUUAAACUUCUCAUCAUCUCUUUGCUAUUUCUUCAUUACCACCAGAGGUGUCUCUUUCGAUCCUCUAUCACACAUUUUAGACUACUUCUACAUUAUACUACAUAAAUUCUUCUCACUUCAUACCAUCAAUAUCUUUUGGUGUACUUAGUGUCAGAGGACAUUUGCUUUCAUGGAAUUUAAAUGUCCCCAAAGGCCCGAGAACCCAUGCAUUCAGAUAUUGCCGCUUGCCACGAUUAUUAAGAUUAAUUACCAUCCUUAUGUAUUCCGAUUGUCUGCCAUCCUAGAGCUCCUACCAACGUGGUAAGGGUUCCUCCCAAAACCUACCAAGAGUGUGGAAUCACUCCGAUGGAGAUUGAUCUGAUCCCUUCCCGAUUGUUUUCUCACUUCAAAUGUUUGUAAGCGUGACCUGUAUGACAUAUUGUAAGCAAGAGAAAAUAAAAUGCCAAAUAACUCGA